AUGUACUGUGAUCCGCGAUUCGUAUGCAAGGAGUACAGGUGUGUCCCUAAGCCAAAGUGGAGGGCUGAAAAGAAGCUGCUAAUGUGCAAAAAGGGCGAUUGCGAACCACCUACCGCCUGCGUGGACAACUUUUGUCUGAUAAAUAUGCCUUGUAGAACCGACUAUGACUGUGGUGAUUCACAGCUCAAAUGUAUUCAGUCAAUCUGCGCUGUUCCUAAAAGCACGCCUGCUCCCUUGCCUCAGACGUUGGGAUCACCAGGGUACACUUCUUUUGGGAUUCCCUGCCAAAAUGGUGUCUGCAAACCACCAUUGUCUUGCAUUGACAACUUCUGUGUUCGCGGUACACCUUGUACAGUUGGUGUAGAAUGCAACGGCUAUCCACGAUUUGAAUGCAAGCAACAGAAUUGCGUUCCCAAGCUUCAGUGGAGGCCGAAUAACUCCCUGAUAAUGUGUAAAGACGCUAUCUGCCCUGCUUCAACUAUCUGUAUAAACAAUUUUUGUUUACGAAAUUUGCGUUGCCAGAAUGAUCACGACUGUGGCAGUCCUCUACUCAAAUGUGUGCAAUCAAUUUGCGAAGAUAGAGAACAAUUUUCGCCUACACUGCCUCAGCAUUCAAAUCCGGAGAUGCCGCGUCCUCUAACUGGCAGUAGAUCAGCAGUUCUCGGCGAAAGUUUUCCCGGAAUGCCCUGCCAAAAUGGUGUCUGCACUUCUCCAUAUGUCUGCAUCAAUGACAUCUGUAUACGCGGCGUGCUUUGCACAACUAAUUAUGAUUGCAGGGAUUCCCGGUUUGAUUGUAUUCAACGAAACUGCAUCCCUGGUUCUAAAUGGAGACCGGAUAAUGUUUUGCUGAUGUGCUCGAACAAUCUUUGCCCUCCAUCAUCUACGUGCGUGAACAAUUUUUGCGUAAAUUUGAUGUGUCGCAAUGAUUACGAUUGUGGAAGUCCACAAAUGAGAUGCAUACAGUCAGCCUGUAUCGUACUCUCUGGAUCGGAAUCGCAGUCACCAACAGCAUCGAUUGUGAAUCCAAACUUUCAACUACUUUUACCCAAUCACCAGAGAGAGACUAUACCGCCAACACAGCUUCGGUCAAUAGGCGACUGCAUGGACGGUUAUUGUCCUGAACCCUACGUCUGCAUAGCUGGCUCUUGUGUGACCGGUCAGCGUUGCCGAGUCGAUUCCGAUUGUGGUUACUACUCUGGUGUUAAAUGCUUAAAAAGUUUGUGCAUUCAAGUUAGUCUUGCAAUUAUGCAACCACCAAUGGUUAUAGGAUCCCAGAGCUAA